UGUGGUUGAAUAACAUUACAAGCUAGUGAUAAGUUGUAAAUAAACGCUUGAAUCCCAUAGAAGUAAUGAGCACGUCAGUUCAUUAUUUAGCUAAUUGCUGAUCGAUCGGUUAUGGCAGCUUCUUUGUUGCAGCAUCGUCUUAGUGUGUGUCGGAAGUAUGGUAGAGGUUUAGCGUGGACUUGGUCAAGGCACAACUGUCACAUAUUAGCCAACAAGUCGACCUCCAGCGACACUGUCCUCAAUGUGCUGCUACGAUGCAACAGUGCAAGAAAGAUGCUUGUUGCAAUAUCCAAGAGGACUCUAACUGGGCAGCCUCGGAAUAUAAUCCAGCAUCUUCUCCGCAGACCGCUGCCUCCUGACAUGGUUGGCAUCAGCCAAGAGUUAAUCAGGAGCAACCUGUUGAAAAAUCCUGUUGGCUUGGUAAAUUUGCUAGGGGCAACAAACUUCUUCAGUACAUCUCAGUCGAAACAAACAGAAAAUAAAAGUAAUGGGCUGAAAGGAAAAACACCAGAGGAAGAUGAAGAGGAGAAGAAACGACGUGAGCAGAAGGACCAGAUGCACCGAGAGCGCCUGCGAAUUCUUUUAUUUGUAGGGAUCAUCUCGCUCGUGAUAAACUUCAUAAACACCAGUGGUGGGAACAUCUCGUGGAAUGACUUUGUCAAUGAGAUGUUGGCUAAGGGAGAGGUGUCGCGUGUGCUGGUGGUUCCCGAGAGUGACAUUGUCGAAAUUUACCUUCACCCUGGGGCAGUUAUCUUUGGGAGGCCUAGGAUUGCACUCAUGUAUCGGAUGCAGGUCGCCAACAUUGACAAAUUUGAGGAGAAACUGAGAGCUGCUGAGGAAGAGCUGAAUAUCGAUACAAAAGACCGGAUACCUGUCUCCUACAAACGCACUGGAUUCUUCGGAAAUGCUUUAUAUGCCCUUGGAAUGGCGGCCAUCGGCGUGGCUAUUCUCUGGUAUAUCUUUCGUCUGGCGGGCAUGGGUGGCAAAGAGGGUGGCUUCAGUGCGUUUAAUCAGCUAAAGAUGGCCAAAUUCACCAUUGUGGACGGAAAGUCGGGGAAAGGUGUGAGCUUUAAAGAUGUCGCAGGCAUGCAUGAGGCAAAGAUGGAAGUGAAAGAAUUUGUUGACUACCUCAAGAAUCCUGAACGAUACCUCCUUCUGGGAGCAAAGGUUCCAAAGGGGGCACUGCUGCUCGGCCCCCCGGGGUGUGGGAAGACGCUACUGGCAAAAGCUGUCGCCACAGAGGCUCAGGUGCCAUUCCUGGCAAUGGCAGGUUCAGAAUUUGUAGAGGUCAUAGGAGGUCUCGGUGCUGCCAGGGUGAGGAGCUUGUUCAAGGAGGCUCGUGCCCGUGCUCCCUGCAUUGUCUACAUUGAUGAGAUUGAUGCUGUAGGGAAGAAGCGCUCCACCAACAUGUCAGGCUUUUCCAACACUGAGGAGGAGCAGACCCUCAACCAGCUGCUGGUGGAGAUGGACGGGAUGGGAACAACAGACCAUGUGAUUGUCCUUGCGUCCACUAACAGAGCAGACAUAUUGGACAAUGCUUUGAUGAGACCUGGAAGGUUGGACCGGCAUGUUUUCAUUGAUCUACCAACCUUGCAGGAGAGGAUGGAAAUAUACGAGCAACAUCUGAAGAUCUUGAAGCUUACUCAACCAGCAAACUUCUACUCAUUGCGUCUCGCGGAACUCACCCCUGGAUUCAGUGGUGCUGACAUUGCUAACAUAUGUAACGAAGCUGCCCUGCAUGCUGCCAGAGAGGGGCGCAAGUCCAUUGAUACUUUGAACUUUGAGUAUGCAGUGGAGAGAGUAAUAGCAGGAAGUAUAAAGAAGAGUAAGAUCCUUUCCAAAGAGGAGCGGAGGGUGGUUGCCUUCCACGAAUCGGGACAUGCUUUAGUCGGGUGGCUGCUUGAGCACACAGAGGCAGUCAUGAAGGUGUCCAUUGCCCCUCGGACGAAUGCAGCCCUUGGAUUUGCCCAGAUCCUGCCUCGUGAUCAGUUCCUGUUCACCAAGGAGCAGCUGUUUGAGCGCAUGUGCAUGGCCCUGGGAGGAAGAGCUGCAGAAGCCAUUACCUUUAACAAGGUUACAACAGGAGCUCAGGAUGAUCUGCGUAAGGUGACACGCGUGGCCUACUCUAUGGUGAAGCAGUACGGCAUGUGUAACAGUGUCGGUCAGGUGUCAUUCCCUGAAACAGAGGAGCAGGGUGCUGUCGGGCGUCGGCCUUUCAGCCAAGGACUGCAGCAGCAGAUGGAUCACGAGGCUAAGAUGUUGAUAGCCCGUGCCUACCGUCACACAGAGAAGCUGCUGUUGGACAACAGAGACAAGCUAACAGUGUUGGCCAGUGCUCUGUUGGAGCGGGAGGUGGUCAACUACGAUGACAUCGAGGCUUUGCUGGGUCCUCCGCCGCACGGGCCAAAGAAGAUGAUCGUGCCACAGAGCUGGGUGGAAGCUGAGCGGGACAAGCAAGACUCGGGAGAAGACGAACCACAGCCACCUUCACGCCGACGUGGCGAAGAAGACAUGAAUCCAGACUUGGUCUGAAGUAUGCAUCGGAUUUCUUUUUUUAGCUGCUGUAUUUUGUGAUUUGAUCAGAGAGGGAGUGCAUUCCACCAAACAUGACAUUGUCAUGUCUGGUGAAUGUUUGGUGUGCUCUUAAUAACAUACACUCAAGCAAUGUAGUUUGGAUGUUCAGACAUACAGUCAGUGGAAAUACAUGUCUGUUCCUGCCAAAUGGCGAAAAUAGAUGUUGAGUAAGUAACUAUUGAACAUGUCUGAACGACAGGUGAAGGAAAAUAAAAACGCUGGUUUUUGCCUGUAGGUUUGUUGGGAAGCUUCACUACUUUUCAACUCAUCUUACAUGCUAAUAUGCUUUUUGUGGGGAUUGUUCUCCUUUUUUAGAGAACUGCAUUUUUACUGUACAGUGUUCCCUCGUUUGUUGUGGGGAUACGUUCCCAAAAUAGCCUGCAAUAAGUCAAAUCGGCGAGCCAACUGUACUGUAUGUUUACCAUCAUUAUAUAUGUUUUAGCCUCAGCAUACAAGCAUUAACAUGUCCUCACCUUACUCUGCUUUAAACACAUUUUCAUGAACAACCUACUUGGUUGGACACAAUUAUUGACUCAAUGACCGUGGCUGUUAUGGCUUAUUAUGUCAUUUGGGUGCAGCGCGUUUCGUCGCAUUGUGGGGUUUGUCGGGAGGAGGGCUUGUGGCCAUGCAGCGUUCAGAGUUGGCUAUUAGUCACUGUAUUGGCGGCCAGCUGUUGCUCGCCACCAAUACAGUAGCUAGUAGCUAGCUAGCAGAAGACUACAAAACUGUAAAAUUCUUUUUAAAAAGCACUAAAAUUGCAUUUUAAAAAAUCUGCAAAAAGGUGAACCGUGAUGGCGCGAGGGAACACUGUAAUGCACAGAGACCUGCAUUGUGUGGUUUGCCAAUAAAGAGAAGUGCGUUGAAUGAAAGAAAUGCAGUAGUGGAU